AUGGCUCUGGCUUUUAUGGCUGCCUUGGUGUUUGCCUGUUUAUGGUCAUCUGUCUCACCAGAUGCUCAAGGGGAUGCGCUGUAUGCAUUGAGGAGUUCGUUACAUGCAUCUCCUGAACAGCUAAGUGAUUGGAACCAGUUUCAAGUCGAUCCUUGUACUUGGUCUCAAGUACAUUGUGAUGACAACAUACAUGUUUCUUCUGUAACUUUGUCUUACAUGAACUUCUCCUCCGGAACCUUGUCUUCAGGAAUAGGAAUCUUGAAAUCUCUCAAGACUCUUACAUUGAAAGGAAAUGGAAUUACCGGUGGGAUACCAGAAUCGAUUGGAAAUCUGUCGAGCUUGACAAGCUUGGACUUGGAGGAUAAUCAGCUAACUGGUCAGAUACCAUCCACGCUCGGUAAUCUAAAGAAUCUCCAGUACUUAACCCUGACUAGGAAUAACCUCAAUGGGACUGUUCCUGAUUCACUCACAAGCCUUCCAAAACUGGUUAACAUUUUGUUGGACUCAAAUCAUCUCAGCGGUGAGAUUCCUCACCGCUUAUUCAAAAUCUCAAAAUACAACUUCACAGCAAACAACUUGACUUGUGAUGGCAUCUACCCUCAACCUUGCGUAUCUGUGUCCAAUUUUUCAGAUGAUUCAAGCAAUUCGAAAACCGGAAUCAUAGCUGGAGUUGUCUCCGGGAUCACAGUGAUUCUCCUUGGAUUCUUCUUCUUCUUCUUUUACUUCUGCAAGGAUAAGCAUAAAGGAUAUAAACGUGAAGAAUUUGUAGAUGUCGCAGGUGAAGUGGACAGAACGAUUGCGUUUGGACAGUUGAGAAGAUUCUCAUGGAGAGAGCUUCAGUUAGCUACAGAUGAGUUCAGCGAGAAGAACGUUCUUGGACAAGGAGGCUUUGGCAAAGUCUACAAAGGAUUGCUUUUGGAUGGCACUAAAGUCGCUGUGAAACGAUUGACUGAUUCCCAACGUCCUGGAGGAGACGAAGCUUUCCAGAGAGAAGUCGAGAUGAUAAGUGUCGCUGUUCAUCGGAAUCUUCUCCGUCUCAUCGGCUUCUGCACUACGCAAACAGAACGUCUUUUGGUUUAUCCUUUCAUGCAGAAUCUAAGCGUUGCAUAUCGCUUAAGAGAGAUUAAACGUGGGGAUCAGAUUCUGGAUUGGUUUAGGAGGAAACAGAUUGCGUUAGGAGCAGCAAGAGGACUUGAGUAUCUUCAUGAACAUUGCAACCCUAAGAUCAUACAUAGAGAUGUGAAGGCUGCAAAUGUGUUGCUAGAUGAAGACUUUGAAGCAGUGGUUGGUGAUUUUGGUUUAGCUAAGUUGGUAGAUGUUAAAAGAAUCAAUGUGACCACUCAGGUUAGAGGAACAAUGGGCCACAUUGCACCUGAGUGUAUCUCCACAGGGAAAUCGUCAGAGAAAACCGACGUUUUCGGGUAUGGAAUCAUGCUUCUUGAGCUUGUAACCGGACAAAGAGCCAUUGAUUUCUCUCGGUUAGAGGAAGAAGAUGAUGUCUUGUUGCUAGACCAUGUGAAGAAAUUGGAAAGAGAGAAGAGGUUAGGAGACAUUGUGGAUAAGAAGCUUGGUGAGGAUUAUGUGAAGGAAGAAGUUGAGAUGAUGAUACGAGUAGCCUUGUUGUGCACGCAAGGAGAUCCUGAAGAACGACCAGCGAUGUCGGAUGUUGUGAGGAUGCUUGACGGAGAAGGGCUUGCAGAGAGAUGGGAAGAAUGGCAGAAUCUUGAAGUCACGAGACAAGAUGAGUUUCAGAGGUUGCAGAGGAGAUUUGAUUGGGGUGAAGACUCGAUUAACAAUCAAGAUGCCAUUGAAUUAUCCGGUGGAAGAUAG